AUGCGCAGAUUACUGGGUGGUCUCCUUAUCUCAUCUACACAUCCCUUGAUCUUAAGAUUGCCGUUAUCAAUGUCGUCCUCACUGCCUUCCUCCGCCGGUAAGAAGCCUAAACAAGCCACUUUGGCUAGGUUCUUUACUUCCAUGAAAAAUAAACCAUCAGGAAACACUUCGCCUCCGGAUAAAUCUGCAAAACAUAUGCUGCAAGAUAGCGUGGAUGAUGAUAGUAGUGUAGGAGUUCGCAAUGUUAAAAAAUCACAACAGGUGGCUGUUGCACAGGCGGCGACAGUUCAGCCCUUUAUGAGUAGUUUUCCAUCUUCUUUACCGUCAUCUGCUCCCUCUUCCAGUGGUGCCGAUUUAUCACAGAAGUUUCAGGGAUUAGGGCCUAAGGUUGAAGAUUUCGAAAUGAACUCAAAUGAUAGUGAUCACUAUUCAUCUAAUAUCCCUUAUUCUGAUGUUUGUGAAGUUUUCAACCAAAUCGAAGCUAUAUCUUCUCGUUUGGAGAUUAUUAGAAUCUGUUCCGAUUUUUUCAUAAAGGUGAUGAAGCAGUCAUCCAAGAAUUUGAUACCUACGACAUAUCUUUUCAUCAAUAGGUUGGGCCCUGAUUACGAAGCAGGUUUGGAAUUGGGCCUUGGAGAAAAUCUUCUUAUGAAAACAAUAAGUGAAUCUUGCGGGAAAUCUAUGAGUCAAAUUAAGCUCAAAUACAAGGAAAUUGGAGAUCUGGGUGAAAUAGCAAUGGGUGCGAGAAAUGUCCAGCCCACUAUGUUCAAGCCUAAACCAUUGACCGUAGGUGAGGUCUUCAAAAAUCUUAGAACAAUUGCGAAGACCCAAGGCAAGGAUUCGCAACUGAGAAAAAUUAAGCUGAUCAAGAGGAUGCUAACCGCAUGCCAAGGUGUAGAAGCUAAAUUCUUGAUCAGAUCGUUAGAAUCAAAACUGAGAAUCGGUCUAGCUGAAAAGACGGUUUUGAUAUCCCUAUCAAAAGCUCUUUUGCUCCAUGAUGAAAAUAGGGAAAACUCUGCGGACAAGGAUAUUCCCAUGGAUGUCUUAGAAAGUGCUCAGCAAAAGAUAAGAGAUGCCUUUUGUCAGGUGCCCAACUACGAGAUCGUUAUAAACUCUUGCUUGGAACACGGUAUUAUGAAUUUAGACAAAUAUUGUACUCUAAGACCGGGAAUUCCUUUAAAACCCAUGUUAGCCAAACCUACAAAAGCAAUAAAUGAAGUACUGGAUAGGUUCCAAGGCGAAACAUUUACGUCAGAAUACAAAUAUGAUGGUGAAAGGGCUCAAGUGCAUUUGCUAAAUGACGGUACAAUGAGAAUCUACUCUAGAAAUGGUGAAAAUAUGACUGAGAGAUAUCCGGAAAUCAAGAUAACUGAUUUUAUUCAGGAUUUGGAUAUUACAAAGAACUUAAUUCUAGACUGUGAAGCUGUGGCUUGGGAUAAAGAUCAGGCGAAAAUUUUACCCUUCCAAGUUCUAAGUACGAGAAAACGUAAAGACGUAGAAUUGAACGAUGUUAAAGUGAGAGUUUGUCUCUUUGCAUUUGACAUUCUCUGUCACAACGACGAAAGAUUGAUUAAUAUGUCAUUAAGAGAAAGAAGGGAAUAUUUAACAAAGGUGACAAAAGUUGUUCCUGGAGAAUUCCAAUACGCCACCCAAAUAAUAACAAAUAAUCUUGAUGAACUGCAAAAAUUCCUUGACGAAUCCGUUAACCACUCAUGCGAGGGCCUGAUGGUAAAAAUGUUGGACGGUUCUGAAUCGCAUUACGAACCUAGUAAAAGAUCCAGAAAUUGGUUGAAAUUAAAAAAAGAUUACUUGGAGGGAGUUGGAGAUUCGUUGGAUCUUUGCGUGUUGGGAGCGUAUUAUGGUAGAGGGAAAAGAACGGGUACCUACGGUGGGUUUCUUCUAGGAUGCUACAACCAGGACACAGGUGAAUUUGAAACAUGUUGCAAAAUAGGAACAGGCUUUUCUGACGAAAUGUUGCAGCUCUUGCACGCAAGAUUAACUCCGACAAUAAUUGAUGGACCAAAGGCCACAUAUGUUUUUGAUUCAAGUGCUGAGCCAGACGUAUGGUUUGAACCUACAACUCUGUUCGAAGUUCUAACAGCAGACCUUUCUCUAUCACCUAUUUAUAAAGCCGGUAGUACAACUUUCGACAAAGGCGUAUCUUUAAGGUUUCCAAGAUUCUUGCGUAUUAGAGAGGAUAAAGGAGUAGAAGAUGCAACUUCUUCAGAUCAAAUUGUUGAAUUGUAUGAAAAUCAAUCCCACGUUCAAAAUUAG